AUGAGACCACUCUCGCUCGUCGGAGUGGCAUUGUUUGCCUCUGGCACUGUUGCCCAAUACUUCCAGCGUCUGGGCGGUUGUCCCACCCUGGGUUGUGUGUUCCCUCCCGACCAGGCAGAUUUCCUCCCUGGGCAAUACUUCGAUAUCCGUCUUGAAGUCCACUCUCCUGUCAAUGGAUCUGAGGCACGUGCUGGUGUCCCCGAUCCCAACUUCAAGUUCACUAUCGCCAAAAAGGGCGGCAAGGCCGUGUCUGCCACCAAGUUCUUUGGCGUUGAAGAACCUAAACUCGAAGGCUGGAAUUUUACAUGGUACGAAGACCUGUUCGCUGAGGAUGCUGGAACCCCGUCCCUUGUCAACGUCACCUCCAAGGCCUACAGACGUGUCGCUCUUUACGAACCUGGCGAGUAUGAAGCAACCUUGACCUACUAUGGCCAGCAGAAGACUGUUGCCAACUGGCUUGUGCGUGAUGUUCCCACCAAGCGACGUGCGAAGAACGUUAUCCUCUUUGUUGGAGAUGGAAUGACCACCAACAUGAUCACUGCUGCGCGUCUGAUUGCUCACCGCAGCAUCAACGGAAAGUACAUGACCAAGAUGCAACUGGACAAGUUCCCCGUUCUCGGACACCAGAUGACGCACUCGAUGGAUUCAUUCAUCACCGACUCUGCAAACUCGGCCAGCGCUCUGUAUGGUGGCCACAAGACCACAGUCAAUGCCCUGGGAGUGUAUGUGGACUCCUCUAAAGAUCCUUUCGAUGAUCCCAAGUUUGAGCUUCUGCCUGAAAUCUUCCGUCGUCACCAUCCUAAUGCUGGAGUUGGUAUCGUGUCAACCGCUUUCCUUGCCGAUGCCACCCCCGGUGCUCUGACUGCCCACACUCGUAGUCGUGGUGAAUAUGACCAUGUCAUCAGCACCUUCCUCGAGGGCUUGACUGACUACGAGUGGACUAAAUGGGAGGGUCCUGAUGUCCUCUUCGGUGCCGGUGCCGAGAACUUUAUCACGAGCGAGGAUGCUCCACGGGAUUAUUAUAAGCUCUUCGCUGACAAGGGCUACACGGUGAGCUUGAAUAAGACCGCUCUGGAGGCCGCUUCCAGCAAGGAGAAGGCUCUUGGUGUCUUCACUCUUUCCAACCUGCCCACCUGGCUAGACCGCAAUGUGUACCAGGCCAACCUGCAGAAUCUGAGCAACUACCCCGAUGGCUCUGGUCGGGAUGCAGAGGAUCUCCCCGGUCUGAAGGACAUGACUCUCAAGGCCAUUGAUGUCCUCGACGCCCGCCACCGCAAGGAGGGCUGGUUCCUCAUGUCCGAGGCCGCCAGUAUCGACAAGCAGAUGCACACCCUGGACUAUGACCGUUCCCUUGGCGAGCUGCUGGAGCUAGACGACACUGUCCGCGCCACCAUCGAGAAGCUUGCUCACCUCGGACAGCUCGAAGACACUCUGAUCAUCGUCACGGCAGACCACGGCCACGGAUUCGACGUCACCGGCGCCGUCGAUACGGAGUACUUCAACCAGCAGACGGAUGACCGCGAGAAGCGCCGCGCAAUCGGCAUUUACGAGAACUCUGGACUGUCGCAGUACACCGUGGGCGGCCCCAACACCCUGCGCUACUCGGAAGGCGUCCACUUCCCGGCGCGCUGGGAUCCGCGAUACUCUCUACACGCCGGCACCGUGGCCUUCCCCGACCACCGGGAGAACUACCAGGUCCACAGCGAGGGACCCCGAACUCCGGCGGUUUCCCUCGACGGUAGCAAGCGCUACUACGCCAACUACAAGGAUGCGGUGACUGGGUUCAUGAUUAACGGCACGCUGGCGCCCAAUGCGGCGCAGGGCGUGCACUCGUUGACUGAUGUCCCAGUGUUCGCGCGGGGACCUUGCCAGGAGCUCUUUGGCGGCGUGUACAACUCGGUUGACAUCUUUUUCAACAUGGCUGAAUGCCUGGGAUUGGCAGAGACGAAGCGGGGCGGUCAUGGUAAUUCCGGUAAACCCGGGAAACCGGGUCACUAGAUCUUUUCCGAUGGAGUACGGAGUAGUUAGUACGUAGUAGAUGCAUCUGCUCUUCCAGUUCCUACUCUUCCGAUAAGUUUCUCUGAAGAGGAGGAUCCGGAAGGGUAUAAUAAUUACGACCAAUUGAUUUUCGAUAACACAUAUAUUACUCUGAAUAAG